AUGAUUUUCUGUUUCAUUCUGAUUUUUCUUCUUCCGCAUCAAUUGCUUACUGUAGAGUGGAGCAAUGGAACUCUUUCCAGAUGGAAAAGAGUUCAGAAGUCGAGAGUUACAAUUGUAGACCCAAGUUUGGUCACAGGACCAAACAGUCUUCUCAAUCUAGCGGAGUUGACUACUAGAAACUUAGAAGAGUACAUCGGAGAAAUGGAUCAUCCAACAACUACAGAGAAAGCCCUUGAGUUUGUGGCGACGUAUGGAUUGCUCGCAAACGAACGCGAGUGUGAACAGGACUGGUGUAGCCAGUACAUGUCUCUGGUCAAGGAUUCCAGUAAAAAAAAUGAUAUGCUAGUCUGGCGCUGCUCAACAUGCAAAAGCGACGGGAUGUCCAGUAAAGUAUCGAUCAGAGAAAACUCAUUUUUCGAAGGUCUCCGUAUUCCGCUCCAAAAAGUAUUGUACAUCGCAGCUGAUUGGAUCGAAAAUCCGACAAAAACAGCGAAGGACUCCGCUGCGUACUUCGAAACAUCUGAAAACACCAUUUCUGAUUACCACGAAUGGUUUCGGGACAUGACACAGCAGUGGUGGGAAAGAGAAGCAGGAAUGAACAAAAACAUUAUGCUCGGAGGACCAGGAACUAUUGUUGAAAUAGACGAAAGUGCUAUGUAUAAGGCUAAAUACCAUCGGGGCCAUAUGCUGCGCCGGCCUACAAUAUGGAUAUUUGGAAUGCUCGAAAGAGGAACUGGAAAAGCCGCCAUGUUCGUGGUACCAAGAAGAAAUCGUCGAACUCUGUUUCCUUUGAUCCAAGCACAUGUCCGCCCACAAACUCUGAUCGUCUCAGACGGGUGGAAAGCAUACGGUGGUCUGAAGACACUACAACAAAAAUAUGAUCACAAAUGGGUGAAUCAUAAAGUUAACUUUGUGGAUCCCAUGGACCGUCGCGUUCACACGCAAGGAAUCGAGUCGACUUGGAAUGCAUUCAAAAAGUCGGUGAAAAACUUUUAUGGCGUGAAAAAAUUCCAACUACAAGGACAUCUUUUUUCGUACAUGUUCCGGAGAUUCCACAAUAGAAAAUACUUGCUCAAUCGUCUGCUCAUAGAGAUGGCUGCAUAUCGUAAACAAGUAAACCCCAUCAACUUCCCGCCUACCACUCCUUCCCCAAGACCUGAUUGUGUUUGUGAAGACGAAGAAGACGAGGAGGAGAGUGAUGAAGAAGAAGAAGAAGAAGAAGAAGAAGAAGAAGAAGAAGAGGACACAGGGACAAGAGACGCAAAUGAUGGUCAAGAAGAUAAGAGAGAUGAAUUCGAAGAAGACUCCGAUAACGAAUCAAUGCAAUAUAAUCGACAUGGAAACAAUGAUGAUCCUUCGGACGAUGAGACUGAUAACACGCAAGAAGUACAAAGUCCGAAUAGAAACAAUUUUUUUGUUGAUUCAAACAAUGCACAAGCUCCAGAUGUGGAAACCUCUACCAUAACCAUUCGAACAACUUGGAGACAAGCGUUGUUAAAUCAACAAGAAGAGUUGACAACUUCAUCAGCUGUCACAAGAAAGAAAAAAACCACAAAAAAAUCCACAAGCCGAACGACUAAAUCAAAAAAAACUACUCGUGCACCUUCCUUUACUACGACAAUGUCGACAACGCAAAAGGAGAAAACAAGACGAACCCGAUCAACCACUACGACAACUGUCCCUGAGAAUAAUUCAAAAACUAGAGGGAGACCAGUACGUACUUCGUCCACUGCAAAACCAAUCACUACUCCCACGUUCUCAACGAAAAAACAGAAGUCAACUACUACACCGAAAACCACUACCGUUGCCCCCAAAACGACUUCCGCUACAAGGAGACGGACAACUACAAAGCAGAAGGACACUCAAGUGACGGAACCUCCAACGAAAAAGCGUCAAACUCGCCCUCCUCAAAAACCUACAAAGAAAACUAAUUAA